GAGGAGAGGCCGCGUCGACGGCUCUUGCCGCCGUGAGUGCCAGGGAGAACGUCGACGGCGUCGUGCCGGGCGGCGUCUACGACGAGAACGGGUGCGUCCCCACCGCGGGCUUCUCCUGGUGCAACCACACUCAGAGGUGCUUCCGCCCCUGGGAGGAGGCGUGCGUGCCAGUGAGCAACAGCAGCGUUUCGAACGGCAGUGGCGCGGCGAACCACUCCUUGCUUGGUGGCGUCUAUGACGAGAACGGGUGCGUCCCCACCGCCGGCUACUCUUGGUGCAAGUACACUCAGAGGUGCUUCCGCCCCUGGGAGGAGGCGUGUGCGCCGGUGAGCAACAGCAGCGUUUCGAACAGCAGUGGGGCGGCGAACCACUCCCUGCUGGGCGGCGUCUACGACGAGAACGGGUGCGUCCCCACUGCCGGCUACUCCUGGUGCAACCACACUCAGAGGUGCUUCCGCCCCUGGGAGGAGGCGUGCGUGCCAGUGAACAACAGCAGCGCCUCGAACGGCAGUGAAGCGGCGAACCACUCCCUGCUGGGCGGCGUCUACGACGAGAACGGGUGCGUCCCCACCGCUGGCUACUCCUGGUGCAACCACACUCAGAGGUGCUUCCGCCCCUGGGAGGAGGCGUGCGUGCCGGUGAACAACAGCAGCGCCUCGAACGGCAGUGGCGCGGCGAACCACUCCCUGCUGGGCGGCGUCUACGACGAGAACGGGUGCGUCCCCACCGCUGGCUACUCCUGGUGCAACCACACUCAGAGGUGCUUCCGCCCCUGGGAGGAGGCGUGCGUGCCGGUGAACAACAGCAGCGCCUCGAACGGCAGUGGCGCGGCGAACCACUCCCUGCUGGGCGGCGUCUACGACGAGAACGGGUGCGUCCCCACCGCUGGCUACUCCUGGUGCAACCACACUCAGAGGUGCUUCCGCCCCUGGGAGGAGGCGUGCGCGCCGGUGAACAACAGCAGCGCCUCGAACGGCAGUGGGGCGGCGAACCACUCCCUGCUGGGCGGCGUCUACGACGAGAACGGGUGCGUCCCCACCGCUGGCUACUCCUGGUGCAACUACACUCAGAGGUGCCAUCGUCCGUGGGAGGAGGCGUGCCUGCCGCGGAGCAACACUAGCGCAUGGAACAGCAGCAGCACGACCACUACGACUAUCCACGCGGUGGCGGACCACUUACUAUCAUAGCAGUGGGACCACUACGACGACUACUUCCCAAACCACUGCGAUGACGAAGCCGGGUGGUCUCCGCGACGAGAACGGCUGCAUUCCAUCGGCGGGCUAUUCUUGGUGCAACCACACACAGAGGUGCCACCGCCCGUGGGAGGAGGCGUGCACCGAGGGCAGCUCCGGCGGCGCCGACCGCUGCGACCACUCGGCGGACCCCCGGCGCUGCUCGCCGAGCGGGCUGCCGCCCCGCGC